AUGAAGAGAUAUGAAAAUAAGGUCUGUGUUAUCACUGCAUCUGCAACGGGGAUUGGCUUAGCUAUUGCUAAAAGGAUGGGACAAGAAGGCGGAAAAAUCGUAAUAAGCUCAAGAAACCAAAAACACAUAGACGCAGCUGUUGAUGAAUUAAGAAAAGAAGGCAUCACCGCAGAAGGUGUUGUAUGCCAUGUAGGAAAAGACAGACAAAAACUCAUUGACUUCGCAGUCGAAAAGUUCGGAGGCAUUGACGUUUUAGUCAAUAACGCUGCAAUAGCGACAGCUUUUGGCCCCACAAUGGAGAUGUCUGAGCAAGCUUAUGAUAGAAUGUUUGAUGUCAACGUAAAAGCAGGAUUUUUCUUAAUAAAAGCAGCUCUUCCUUGGCUUGUAAGAAGCAAAAGCGCCUCAAUUUUGUUUGUGUCUAGCUAUGGAGGAUUCGCUCCUUCCCCAGUAAUAGGGAUUUACUGUGUCACAAAAACUGCAUUGAUAGGGAUGACAAAAAUGCUUGGGAUAGAGCUUGCAGGUGCCGGGAUCCGUGUCAAUGCAAUUGCUCCUGGAGUAAUAAAAACAAAAUUCUCUGAGCCUAUUUGGGAAACUGACGCUGUGACUAGAAAUCCAAUGGGAAGAAUGGGAACUCCUGAAGAAUGCUCAAGCGUCGCUGCAUUUUUGUGUAGUGAAGAAGCUUCAUAUGUGAAUGGGGAGACCGUUGUUAUUGCAGGAGGAUUUCAUGCCAGACUUUAA